ACAUUUACAUUGGUGUAUUCCUACUUUAGUGUUGCUGGUUUCCGUCGCAAUCACAACAAUACCAAAAGGCUCAUCCACGGGCUAUUUCGGUCAUGUUUCAGAAUGUUUUUAUAAGAUUAGCUAACAAAACACGGAGUAUUCAAACGUCUGUGAAAUAUGUGAAUUUUUUACGGGUUGUAGGACCUCUGCCUGUAUCUGCCAGGCAUUUGACGGACGUGAAGGACGCACGGCCUUUUGACACGUCAUUGCUCGAAUUUCUUGUUUGUCCAUUAUCCAAAAAGCAGUUGAGGUACGAGGAAAAGACCAAUGAACUCAUUAACGAGGAGCUUGGCAUCGCGUACCCGGUUAUUAAUGGGAUUCCCAACAUGAUUCCUACAGAUGCAAGAUUGAUUCAGAGGGAUCCCGAAGCACCAGUGGAACCAGCACAACAGGCAUAAAGCCCAUUGACACGAAGUCUCAAGAUCUUGACCUUCAACACUGUAUAAACAUUGUAUUUAGGGAGUACUGUAGUCAAUAUGUUUUCCUUAUCUACUCUUACCAUACUGGUUCCCAUAGUCUCCCUAUUUGGACUUCUCUAUUCUGCAGCUGUGGAUGAGAACUUCCCUCAAGGAUGCACUAGCACCAGCAACGUGUGUUUCUACAGUCUUCUGUUACCAAUCACUAUCCCCGUAUAUGUAUUUUUCCAUCUAUGGAAGUGGAUAGGAAUCAAGCUGUUCAGGCACAAUUAGGGUACUAUAUGAAUGAAUUAUGCUAAAGCUAAAUCAUGUAAAAAUAAUAAUAAAUGUUUUGAAGUCAACGAUGUGUUACCACAGCCAAUGAUGUACCAAAAACUUUAUUUGAUGACUUACAAGUACAUUUUUUCCAGAUAUAAUGUACAGUCAUAAAUGUUAAUUGAAUGUGUUUUAAUGAAACUUGAACCAGAAUGUUGAUUAACCCAUAAACAUAAGAUUAACCUAUUAAAUGUAUGACCA